AUGUCGAAGCGAAAUACCAUCAGAAUGAUAGAGGAUGAUCCCGUUCCUCAAGACUACCUCCCAUCCUACGAGACGGCGAUCAACGAGGGGCUCCAGCAACAUAGCGAAAGCGUCGGAACGGACGGUAGAAUUAACGUAAACCUCGAUUCGCGGCUGGCGACAACCCUCGCCCGCUUUGUCCCCGACUUCAAAGACCCAGCCCAACUGGCACAAGCCGCAGCAGCAGAGGGCCCCCCGCCAGAGUACUUCGAAGCAGCAGAGCGCUUCGCCGAGAAGAAGACGUUCCCUGUCAAACUCAACAUCGUCAUCCAAGUCGUAGGAAGUCGCGGCGAUGUCCAGCCCUUCAUCGCGCUCGGAAACGAGCUCCAGACGUACGGCCACAGAGUACGCCUUGCAACACACGACGUCUUUGAUGAUUUUGUCCGCAAAUCCGGCCUCGAAUUCUACCCCAUCGGCGGUGAUCCUUCCGAACUGAUGGCCUACAUGGUCAAGAACCCAGGCCUGAUCCCGAGCUUGAAGAGUUUGAAGGGCGGCGAUAUUCAGAAGAAGCGGAAGAUGGUAAAGGAAAUGCUGGAAGGGUGCUGGAGAUCUUGUAUCGAGCCUGAUACACAGACUGGUACACCUUUCGUGGCGGAUGCAAUCAUUGCCAAUCCGCCGAGUUUCGCACAUGUCCACUGCGCCCAAGCCCUGGGUAUUCCGCUACAUCUCAUGUUUACCAUGCCUUGGAGUAGCACGAGAGCAUUCCCGCAUCCCUUGGCCAAUCUCAAGUUUGGAGACAAGGGAGUUGUUGACCAGAUGACGGCCAACUUUGUGUCCUACAGCGUCGUUGAGUGGUUGACAUGGCAAGGCCUCGGAGAUGUCAUCAACGAUUGGAGAAGGACGAUCGAUCUUGAAGAAGUGCCGUUUUCCGAAGGCCCGGUUCUCGCAGAGUCGCAGAAGAUUCCAUUUACAUAUUGCUGGUCCCCAUCACUUGUACCAAAACCCAUCGACUGGCCUGCCUAUAUCGAUGUUUGCGGCUUCUUUUUCCGCGAACCCCCUCAGUACGAGCCUCCCACCGAGCUCGCAAACUUCCUGAAGAAUGGACCGACUCCCAUCUACAUCGGCUUCGGCAGUAUCGUCAUCGAUAACCCCGACGAAAUGACAAAGAUUCUUGUCGAGGCUGUCCGCGCAACGGGAGUUCGCGCAAUUAUAUCGAAAGGCUGGAGUAAUCUGGGAGGUAUCGAUGCUGAUGACAUCCUGUUUCUGGGGGACUGCCCCCACGAGUGGCUUUUUGCCAACGUUGCGGCAGUGUUCCACCAUGGUGGCGCCGGGACCACGGCUUGCGGCCUCUUGAACGGAAGGCCAACCACAAUCGUCCCCUUCUUUGGCGAUCAGCCAUUUUGGGGAGACAUGGUUGCCAUCGCAGGCGCUGGGCCAAAGCCUAUUCCACACAAGCAGCUUAACGCCCAAAACUUGGCUGAUGCGAUUCGAUUUUGCCUGACACCGGAAGCCGCGACCGCAGCUGGUGAACUUUCGGCCAAGAUGAAGACUGAGAAUGGUGUGGCCACGGCAGUAAAGUCAUUCCACGCAAACUUGCCCCUUGAACUGCUUCGGUGCGAUGUUUUCCCCAACCAGCCGGCAGUGUGGGAGUUCAAGAGAGGAAAGAAGCAUGUCAGACUAUCGAAGCAAGCUGCGGGGAUUCUUCUUGACCACCUCAAGAUUGGCCAGAAAAAUAUACACGAGACAAAAACAUACAUCAUCGAGAACCGGCGGUGGGAUCCCGUCACAGGCACCGUUUCCUCCUUGAUGGGAGUCGGAUACGGCUUGGUCAAGGGUGCCACUGACAUCGUCGUCAAACCCGUCCAAGUCUACAAUCAACGAUCCAAGCUCAAAGCCGCAGAGAUGGAAGACAUUGAGAGGAGAAGCGCCAGAAGCGUCUCCAGCUUGGACGUUCAGACACCGCCCCGAUCCCCAAGUCUCGCGCCUCCGCAAUCCGACGCUCUCGAUCGACCCCGAAGUGCCGGCCGAGGCUGCGGAAGCACAACAGGCGCGGUCUUCAAGGCAUCGGCUUCCGGCGUUGGCACAUUCUUCAAGUCUUACGGCAAGUUCUACAUCGAUGUGCCGUUGGCUGUCACGGAAGGUCUCCGUGAGGCGCCUAAGCUCUACGGUGAGAAGGUCGAGGCCCGCGCUCCCAUUACAGAUUGGAAGUCCGGCGCUAUGGUCGGGGGAAAAAACUUUGUGACCGGAAUCGGGGGUGGGUUCGCCGACUUGUUUUACCAGCCGUACAAGGGCGGACGAGAUGGAGGUGCCGCGGGCGCAGCGUUGGGCGUCGGCAAGGGCGUCAUGAACAUGGCCACAAAGACGGCAUCAGCCACUCUCGGGAUUGUCGCGUACCCCGGCCAGGGUAUUUACCAGAGUAUUCGGACAGCAGUCAAGUCCAAGACCAGACAGAAUAUUGCUGCUGCUAGACGAGUCGAGGGCGAAUAUCUCGCCCGUAACAUGGAGGUUGAUAUUCAUCAGACACUACAGAGGUUCGAUGAGAUUUGCCGCGCCAGCGAGAAGGAGAAGAAGGGCAAGGAGCGUGAAGGUGGAAACUUUUUUGAGUUUGGAAAGAAAGGGAAGGACAAAGAUACCCAUGCGACUUUUUAG